UACAGGGGUUAGCCAGUCAUUGCAUAUUAUUACAAAGUGAGUUCUAGAUUUUUUCUUUCUCUUUCUUGGAUUUUUGUUUGCUUUCCCUCAGCAGGAUUUCUGUUUUCAAUCCCCAAAACAUCCAUGGCGAAGGAAUGUAAAGUGAAAUUGAAGAGCUCAGAUGAUGAAAUGUUCGAGGUUGAUAAGGCCGUGGCAUUUGAAUCUGAAACAAUCAAGAAUAUGAUUGAGGAUACAGGCGUGGAGAGCGUGGUGCCCUUGCCGAAUGUAAGUAGUAACAUCCUGGUCAAAGUUAUUGAAUAUUGUAAUUAUCAUGUGGAUGCUGCCAAGACCAGCGAAGAAAAGAGUGCUAUUUCGGAGGAGGAUGUGAAGAAGUGGGAUCAGGAGUUCGUGAAGGUGGAUCAAGCUACCCUUUUUGACGUUAUACUGGCUGCCAACUAUCUGAAUAUAAAGAAUCUUCUGGACUUAACGUGCCAAACUGUAGCUGACAUGAUUGAGGGCAAAACCCCAGAAGAGAUCCGAAAGACAUUUAACAUAAAAAAUGACUUCACUAGGGAAGAGAGGAAGAAGUCCGGCGUGAAAAUGAAUGGGCCUUUGAGUAAAUCUGGAAGUUAAUUUUUAUAUAGUUUUAUGGCAUGGGACUUGGGUUUCUUACCAAGUAUCUUUAAGAACUUGGAGAUUUGAUAUCUGGUUUUUGCCUGGUAUCCUCUAUUUAAGUUGUAUUAAAUGUAGCAGUCUUAGGUGAUAAGGUCAUUUAGAUAUUAAAUGUAGCAAUCUCAUUUUGGUGUGUAAUGGGUAGGGCAAAAACAUAUGUAAGUUCAAUUAAGAAAAUUUUGAUAUAAUACCUACAUAUAUUUGUGUUGUACAUGAGGUUAAUUGGUAGGCCUUUUCAAAAAUGAUGUUUUAUAUGCAAAAAAAUUAACAAUGUUUGAUGCAUUGGUGAUGUCAUCUUAUGUGUGGUUGCACUUGUCAUGACACCUUGUGUGCGCAUUGGUGUGUAAUGCAACAUGUGAAUGUCACCUACAACCAAAAAAAAGUCAUC